AGAUGUCGCUGCUGCUCAUCGACGUAAGCCGAUUGAUGGAAACACAUAACAUGCGAAAACUCGCGCCUGUGCUGCCGUUGGUCAGGUGUACUCUGAUUUUUGCUGCCCAUGGUGUUAUGUGGGGGAGAGAAGGCUGCGUAAGCAACGCUGAGGCCAGUGCACCGUCCAUGCUCGUCAUUCCUCUAGUGCUUGUGUGUGUUUGCAGUGUCCGCCGUUGAGUCGUUUGCCGCUGAAAGUGGCCGACGCAUUGAGCUGACAUUCCACCCAUACAUGAUCGACCCGGUAUCACGAGCAGCGAGAAGAGGAUGCGGAUCCACUGCGUGUGGUCUGGACGUCUCCUGGGUGUGGUGUGCCUUGUGUGUAUGUCUGCAGCGCAUCCAUAAGGACGGCGAAGAAUACAUGGUGGGCGAAGAACAAAACAGCAGACUCUGACGUACUUGUCCCACGGGUGGUCCUGUCUGUGCACCACUGGCGUCAGGACUACUGCCGCAAGCGGUGGGGAGGCGAUGGACGGACGAGCGGGCUGAAACAGGAGGGUAUCUGUAGCACACACACCAGCAACAUGGUGCACAUCUGUAUGUAUGUGCGAUGGUUUGGGUGUGGGUGUGUCCGUGUCUUCAGGUCGGCAAGACGGCUGCGCCUUUGGCGGCUGGAAGGUUUGGGCGAACACGCUCAACGCCCACAUGCUGGUGGACUUCGCGCAAAGACAACACCAGCGGCAGAUGAAGGAGGCGCAAGACACACAGACGCCUGAACAGAUCGCAGGUACUCACGGCCCGGAUGGAUUGAACACUAGAGCAAAGUCAAUUUCCUUGUGUGUGCGAUUCGUUUGUCAGCCUUGAAGGAGGCCCAUCAGCAGCGCCUUGUGAGGCUGGUUGAUCUCUUGUUCACAAGGUAGGUACGCCGACAGAAACACGCAUGCAUGCCCAUCUGUCUCUCUGUCAUGGUAUUUGUUUGGUGCAGGGCCUAUGAGGAGGGCAAGAACAUAUCCCUCCCAGCGGAGCUUGAUACGGUGGCCGCAGAGCUGGGGGACAUCGAUGCCAGCGAAUUCCGAAAGCACCUCAGCGACCCGACUGGUACACAAGCACACACAACCAGAAUCGAACUGUUGAUCUGCCUUCCUGUGUCUGCAGCUGUUGCCUCCGUCAAGGAGGAGGAUGCAGAGGCGAAGGGCGGCCUCAGCAUCAGGGGAGUGCCGUACUUCAUUGUAAGGGAGAGCGGCAAGACCCCCGUAGCACUUUCUGGCGCACAGCCAAAACAGGCUUUCCUUGAAUUAUUCAAGAAGAUGCGGUAGAUGGACAGAUGACCAGGGAGGGGGGCGAGAGCUGAGUUGUACUGAAUGGUCGCAUCUUUGCGACACGUCGGUUUGUCUGCAGGCGAUAGAUCUGCACUGGAUAUUUGCAUGCAUGCGCAAGGAUG